ACAGAAGUGAGAAACUGCCGAGGCUUUGACUCCCACUUCCCACGCCUCAUUCUCCAUUCUGUUGGACGACGAACCAAACUCAGAACGAACGCUCAUGGAAAUUGGAAGUAAGGAAACCAGCGGUUUUACGCAAUUGGAGGACUGGGGGCGUGGUUCCCAAUUUGAAGGUUUUGAAUCCUUGCCGACUAAGGUUGCGCCGGCGCCGGCGACGGCGACUGAUUGUGCGAACCCUGGGGAUUCCAUGGAUAAGGAAGCAGAUAAGAAUUUCACGUCGAUGAAUAAGAAUCAAAAGAAGAAGAAGAAGAAGAUCAGAGAGGCAAUGCCGCCUCGGAAGAGAAUGAAGAUGAAGAAGCACAGGCCAAAGGUGUUCGAUGAAACUAAACCAAAGCCUAGUAAGCCUCGGAGUCAAACCCAGACAAAAAAAACUCGGCCUUUGGCUUCGACACCUAAGCCGAAGACACCGAGGCCGGUGAAGAAGAAUAAUGUGGGUGGUGGCGAUCACAUUACAAGUUCGAAAAAAAGGAAACUGAAUUUUAAUGUGGAUGAGAAUUUGAAGGCAUGUGAUGGGAAUGAAGUAGGGUUUAAAAAGGAUGGCUUGAAUGUCUCGGUCGAGAAGAAAGCAGAAGUGGAUACUAAGCCACAGGAAGAUUGCAUUACUGAGGAGGAUCAGAAUUCAAUGGAGGAGAGCAAUGGGAUAAUGAGAAGUGAGCCCGAAUCGGCGAAGCUACAGUCUAAUGACAAAUCCAAAAUAAAGGUGUACAGAAGAAUACUUAGGACUAAUGGCUGCUUGAAAAGCAUCAGAAAGAUAGGUCCGAAUUGUCCGUAUGUGUACAAGAGGAAAAGGUCGAUGAGGAAAAGAGCAGCUGUAGUUGAUAAGUUCGUCAUGUUUGUAGGGAAGAUUUCGCGGGCCCAAAGGCAGAGAAGCAAGAAGAAGCAAGUGGGUUCGGAAUUUAUAGAAAAAAGUUUAAUGAAAUCUUUGAACUUGAGGAGUCAAGGGAAGAACUCAUUGAUUGAGUGCAACGCCGAUUUUGGAAGGGAAGAAAUUACUGCAUCCACCCAAGCGCAGAUGGAUUCGGACAUUAUAAAAAAAAAAUCAUUGGAUUUUAGUAGUCAAGUUGGAUUUGAAAGGGAAGAAAUUAUUGCACCCAGCCAAGAGCAAAAGAGCUUAACCUGCUCUGCUAAAGGUGUGAACAUUAUAGAAUUUUAUCCGAAUUUGAGUAGUCAAGUUGAUUUCGAAAGGGAAGAAAUUACUACAUCCGCCCAAAGGCAGAAGAACAUAAUAUGUUUGGAUGCGACCGUGAAUUUUAUUAAACGGAAAAGAUCUAAUACAUCUUCCCGUAGAAAAGACCUUUCCUCAAUUAAAUUAUUUGCUACAAAACAGAAGUCAAAGAAUUGUCUUUUGGGAGUUACCAAAAUCGGAAGCAAUGGAAUUAGAGUCACGCAUAAAGCCCAAAAGCGUUCCUCCAAGGUAGCUAACGUGAAAGUAGUCAUCAAAAGCCCACUUCGUGGAGUAGAUUUCUUCACAUCAGUUGUUAUAGAAAGUUUCAUUGAGGAGCUUGCGAAGAAGAUUAAAUCUUUACGCAUUGGUGAUUCAAAUCACCAAUUUGAAUGGAGGAGGACGAAGCCUUUACACAAUGCAUGCAACCAACUUGUGGUGCGAGAUCAUUCUAAUCAAAAUGCUUCUGUGACUCCCACAAGGAAAUCUAAAGAACUUGCACUCGUAGCUUCCAAACAAAUAUCGAGUGAACUUGCACUUGUGACUUCCAAAGAAAAAUCAAGUGAACUUGCACUUGUGACUUCUAAACAAAAAUCGGAUUCCAAGAAGCCGAAACAACCACAGCCAAAAGUUGAUCUAGAUUUAGAGACGAUGAGAGUUUGGAACCAACUGAUUGAAAAUGGCAGCAGUGAAGAUACUGGACCUGGUCCAUCCAACAGUGAUAGAGAAGAAUAUUGGAGGCAGCAAAGAGAAAUAUUCCGUGGAAGAGUGGACUCAUUCAUUGCACGAAUGCAUCUUAUUCUAGGAAAUAGGCGGUUCUCACCAUGGAAAGGGUCGGUUGUUGAUUCUGUGGUUGGAGUCUAUUUGACUCAAAAUGUUAGCGAUCAACUCUCAAGUUCGGCCUUCAUGAAUCUUGCUGCAAAAUAUCCAGCUCCAAUCGUGGAUAUGAAUGGUGGUAGUAAUGAUACAAAUGAUUAUAUUGUUGAUCAAAUUGAACAUGUGGAAUUAGCCGAAUCAUCUUCAACCAAGUGCGGGGAAUUAUGUGUUAUUGAGAAACAUCUUUCAUCCAACCCCAUGAAUGAAGUUGAGUUUGAACAAGGUGCAAGAGCAAUUUCCGUCCAACCCAUGUCUGUAAAAGCCAAAGCGAAAGAAAAUGCGACACAGGAAACCGAAAUUAAUUGGGAUGAGUUGAGGACAAAAUAUUCCAGUGGAAGGUCUAAAAAAAGAACAUACUAUGAUCGAGAUUCUGUGGAUUGGGAAGCGGUUAGACGAGCACCGGUUGAAGAAGUGGCGAAAGUGAUCACAGGAAGGGGCAUGAACAAUGUUCUUGCUCUAAGAAUCAAGGAUUUCCUGAAUCGUUUAGCUAAAGAUCACGGGAGUAUUGACCUAGAGUGGCUAAGGGAUGUUCCACCAGAUGAGGCAAAAAAAUACUUGUUGAGUUAUACAGGCAUUGGUCUAAAGAGCGUAGAGUGCGUGAGGCUAUUAUGCCUUCGACAUCAUGCCUUUCCAGUUGAUACUAAUGUUGCGCGAAUUUUGGUGAGACUUGGAUGGGUCCCUCUAAAGCCAUUGCCUGGGGAUAUUCAGAUACACCUUCUAAACGACUACCCACCAAUGGACACCAUCCAACAGUACAUUUGGCCACGUGUUUGCAAUCGCACACAGCUGAUAUUGUAUGAGUACCAUUAUCAAAUGAUUACUUUUGGCAAGAUUUUUUGCACAAAGAGACUACCAAACUGUAAUGCAUGUCCGAUGAAAGGAGAGUGCAGACACUUCGCCAGUGCAUAUGCGAGUGGCAAUCUCAGGCUUGAAAACUCUAAGGGCAAAAAUAGUGACACCAAAUCAUCUGUUGCGCCCGAUUCCAAACCAAUGGAGCAUACAAAUCUGGAGAUGAUCUCCGAGGUCAAUGGUGAUUUUCCUAGAGUUGCACACCAAUGCCAUACUAGUAAUUGUGAACCAAUUGUAGAACUUCCAGCGUCUCCGGAGCGAGAAUUAACAGAGACACUACUAGAAAGAGAUAUUGAAGACUUUGGCUAUGAGUCAGAUGAUGAAGAGAUUCCGACAGUAAAACUUAACGACAGGGUGUUUUUGGAAAAUACAUCAGCUGUCAUGGAUGACGAGGAUGCAAACGUGUCCAAAGAACUGGCGACAUUAUGUCCGGAAUUUGCAUCAAUUCCAAUGCCUAAAUUGAAGUAUGCGAAUCGAUUACGAACAGUGCACCACGUGUAUGAGCUUCCAGAUUCACAUCCCAUUUUGGCUAGGUUUGAAAAACGAGAGCCUGAUGAUCCAUGCCCUUAUCUUCUCGCUAUUUGGACCCCCGAGGAUUUGAUGAAUUCUUCCCAACCACAAAGCAGUAGUCAAAAUUCAAAUGGCGAUCCGUGUACAGGAGAAAUUGUCCAGUACAACAAUGACAGGGUUGUCCACGGGACAAUUUUGAUCCCAUGCCGAACGGCUAAUAGAGGUUAUUUUCCUCUCAACGGGACAUAUUUUCAAACUAAUGAGGUUUUUGCUGACUACGAAUCUAGUAGAGUCCCUUUGGUCAUUCCUAGAGAAUCAAUUUGGAAUCUAAGAAGACGGGCACUAUAUUGCGGAACAUCAGCAACAACAAUUUGUCGAGGCAUGCCAAUGGAAUGGAUUGUGUGUCUCUUUAGAAGUGGUUUUAUUUGUAUUAGAGGAUUUGACACUGCAGAAAGAGCACCAAAGCCACUUUAUAGGAGAUUCCAUGUUUGCAAAACUCGGAAAAUAGAUGAAGACUAAUGAUUCUACAAUCAUUUGUAAUACUUAUUACAAAUUUAACACAUUUAAUGAUGUAUAUUAGUCUUGUUUCAUUUUUCGAAUGUUUGUCAAUAAUAAUUACUUAAAUUAAAUAAUAACA